CGUCGAGCCAGAGCGGGCUUAAUAUGGCGAGGUUGGCGACGUUCGAGCCUUUUGAUUGCUCGUCGACAAACAAACAGCAGCGCUUCUACAGUCGGUCCUAGAGCAAGGAUAAUUCGCAUGGCGGGGCGAGGGCGGCCUUCCGAUUGCUGCUGCUGCUGCUGCUCGUGCUCGUCGUCGUAGUGGCCGGCACCGAACGAGCGAGGCUCCAAUCGCCGGGAAGAUUUGGGGCUUUCUCUUCUCUCGUGGGUUCGUCGCAGUCGGUGCGCGUCGAGGUGUUGCGGACGAGGGGAGCGUUGGGCGUGCGAGGGCUGGCCGGCCGGUGCUCACGGAGCCAUGACGACUCUGCUGCAUGUCGCGUGCUUCAACGAUCUGAAGUGAGAGGUCUUCUUGCUGGAGGGAGGAUCUUGGUCCAGGGCAAUUGGGGUCCUCGAGCGCGGCUUUUGGUUGUGCAUCAAUGGGGGCUGAGUGGGGAAAUUGGAGAGCAUGGGCGAAGAAGCAUCGAAGGUCGUUGUUGGUGGCAGCUGGUGUAGCUGGAGCUGGGGUAGGAACUUACUAUUUUGUUAGCUCGAUGAAAGCCAGAGCAAAAGCUCGCGAAGAAAGGGACGAAAGACAAUCUGCCAUUCUUCGGAAAGAAGCCGAAGAUCGAGCCGAGGCCCAGUAUGCUCAUGUUUCAAAUCCUUCUGGAGCUCUGUCCGAUUUUCAUAGAUGUUGCAGAGUCAUUUCGAGAGCAUUCAGAGAAUAUCAGACUCUACUACACUUCCUUCAGUUUUACCACAUUUGAAGGCGCGAUUAUUUGAGCUGGUGAAUCUGUCAGGUUUGACAGAAAAACUUAUGACUGGGAAAGAGGACCCUCAAGCUCUUAGUUCGAAAGAGAAGCUGCAGCUUUGGCAAGAACUGAAAGUUCUGAGCUUUACACGCACUUUAUGUGCAAUGUGGUCAGUUACUUUGCUUGAUCUGUUCAUUCGAACACAACUUAAUAUCCUAGGGAGGCAUGUGUACAUCGACACAGCUCGAGACAUGUCAGUAGCCAAAGCAGGGGAGCUGUAUAAACCGCUGUCAAUGAGCUGUCAGCACAAAUUCAUUGCUUUUGCUGAUUACUUACCGCACAAGGGUGUUGAUGGACUUAUUAGAGAUGUACAUACAUCUGUUGAGAGCGUCAUGAAAAGCAAGUCUCUGAAGGAAGCAUACCGAAUCUCCCAUUUGCGGGACCUUUUUCUCCAAAUACAGCAAAGUUUCCAGGAAAAUCAAGAAAGAUGGGUUCAAUAUGUUCUUCCAGAAGAUAAUAUAUUGCCAGAUGAUCUGGCAGCUGCAUCGUCAGCUGCUGAUGCAGCUCGGUUGUCCAUGUCAGAACCAUCGGCUGCUGACGAUGCAGAGAAGCUGGAGCAACUGAUGUUUGAAACGAGGAAUGUGCUUACCAGCAAUGAAUUUGCAGAUGUGCUUGGAGCAUCUCUUGAUGCAGUUUUGGAGGCCGUUCUUGAGGAUCUCUCAGAGAUUUACAGGGGAAACUUAGAUACUGGUAUUCCACUGGCGAAACUCUUACCCCCUGUUGCUAGCACUGGAAGUACCCUGUUGGAACAUCCGGAUGAAAAUCGGUAUAUUCAGAUUCUUGCACAGCUACCGCAGGUACAAUCGUUCUGUGCCCUGGUAUACAGCAGUAGUACUGGGGAAGAUCUGGGAUAGCACUUUCUGUUAGACGAUACAUUUCAUCCCUUUGGGCCAUGGCUGGUGUUGUUGAUCUGUACAUUACUAAUUUUUUGAGAGUGGCUGUAGGGACACAAACUUUUCGGUAGAACUCUAGGUUUUACAACUUGCAUCCUUAUCCUGCUUGUAAUGGGGUUUAGUCUUAGCACUUGGCAUACCAAGGGGUAUCGCUCCUCCAUCUUAGGUUAGCCCUUAAUUCAAGUUUGAUCAGCUACCCGAGAAGUAUUAUACAUGUCAAUCAUAGACUGUCCCUUGAAUCAACCAAUAACAGCAGGAGAAAUUUCGUACGAUAACAACUUGAAGAAUGAGAAUAAUCCUCAAGUUGAUUUCAUUUUUCUAGUUUGUAACAUGCUCAGUAGAUGAUAAAUUUCUCUCUGUGGUAGCUUAGCAUACCCGAUUUCGAGUUAGAACUGUCCAUUGUUGAUAUCGGUCAUUCACUAUGUGAGUAGCAUUUUCACAGUUUCUCAGGUGGCACGACGCAAUCAAAGUAGCAAACUCUAUAGGAUGCUUGUAAAAUCUGUCAAUUUUAAAUGAUAUAGAAGAUGAUCGUCUUCUUCACUUUGUCUGAAGCUGCUAGAGCUCAAAUGGUCUUUCCCAAUUUUAGAGAUGGACUGGCAUGAAUACCAGCAUAAAUACAUUCAAUUCACUCUUCAAGACCUGUCAGGCAUAAGAUGGGGUAGUAUUUCGUCAUGGAGCCUAUCGUAAGCUGAAUGUCAUAUGACGGGGCUUAUCUCCAGUAUGUGAUCAAUCAGAUGUGUACUCACUGCUAAACUACAUUUUUUUUUGGUUCAUUGAGUGCCGAAACUCUGUGAACAUUAUCUGAUUUAUUUUACAGAUUUUGGAUCUUUAUUUCUCGUCCCUCGUAGUUACCUUCUGGAACCUCCUGGUUUGUUGUCAAUAGUCGGUGUAGAUGUCUGCUAGAUAAGCCUAGUCCGAAUGCGCGGGCUUAGUUAGACGUAUAGUUUCAUAGUCUCAUAGUCUUAGCUAGACGUAGAGUCUUAUCUGCUUCUUCUAGAACUUUGUCCUGAAAAGCAUAUUUUUUGUAAUGAUGCCAUUUUAGAGCAUUUGGUUGUUUCCGUAUACGGGGUAUGUGGCGAGAGGAGCUAAAAGUCUCGAUUAUCUCAAUUUCAUCAGUUCUUCGACCACUGAGUGUCUUUGCCACCGAGCAAUUUUUUUUACAAUCGGCCGUCCCUUGGGCAAAGCCCCAUGCGAUCAUUUGAAGUUCAUUUUGAGUGUUUCGAUUUCGGUUUCUGAGACUAAUACGAUGAUUUCCUAGUUAUAUAAAGUAUCUGUCAGGUGGAACGACCUUUUGCGAGUGCACCUCUUGGGAGUUCCAUGUAUGGAUGCUUGCCAAUUUGGAAAUUGUUACGUCGAAGAAGUCUGCAAGUGCACACAAAGGAAUGUGCUUCUUCACGUGAUGCGCUGACAUGAAACAUGCUCUAGGCCGGUGGCCUCAGGGCACCUCACCGCUUCCUCCGAG